AUGUUUGAUCCAAUGGCUAAUGCACCUCCGCUUUGGAGUAACGGGCCUACCCCAGGUUCAUUUUACAAUUUUCCAGGACCUCAAACAAAGCCAAACGACCAUUUCACACAUUCACAGUCUCCAGUGACGACCGCAACUUCAAUAGUGGCCUUAGCAUACGAUAAGGGCAUCAUGAUUGCAGGGGAUCUCUUAGCUUCUUAUGGAUCCUUGGCACGUUAUAGAAAUUGCCCCAGAAUCAUGGAAGUCAAUGACAACAUUCUCCUAGGUGCUGGCGGUGAUUAUGCAGAUUUUCAGUAUGUCAAGUCGUUCAUUGAACAGAAAAUAAUUGAUGAAGAAUGUUUGGAUGAUGGCAUCAAACUCAAACCAAAGUCUCUUUAUUGUUGGUUAACAAGAGUUAUGUAUCAAAGAAGGAAUAAGUUUGAUCCCUUGUGGAAUAACCUUGUAAUAGGUGGUAUUCAGGAUGGUACACCUUUCCUUGGUACAGUUGACAAGCUAGGGACAGCCUACACUGAUAGGGCAAUUUGCACAGGAUAUGGUGCUCAUAUUGCCCUACCAAUGAUCCGUGAUGCUAUAGAGAAGAAGGCCCAACCCCUGACUCAGGCUGAAGCUCGUGCUCUCAUUGAAAAGAGUUUGGAGGUACUUUUUUACCGAGAUGCUAGAAGUUACCCUAAAUAUCAGCUGGGAAUCAUAGAUCAGGAUGAGGGUGUUAAAAUUGAAGGUCCACUUUCUGUUAGCCAAAACUGGAAUAUUGCUACAAUUAUUAAAUCAGUGUGA